GUGGGGGAGGCGGCAGGGGCGAGGCGGGCAAGAGGCGGCCUCCGGCCGGGCUGAAUCGGGAAACGGCGGCCAGACUUCCCCGGGAAGGGGCACGCGAGAGCCGGCCGGGCCGGGCCGCGGGGCCGGGGAGCGUGGAGCCGGGCACCUCCGCACCGGGCAGCCACCGAGGAGUCCGGCCGCCCACCGCGUGCUGCCCGAGCCCGCAGAAGCCCGCCGGCCUCUCUGGGAUGCCUGGGGGACCCGGGCGUUCAGGACGAUAACCCAGCGAGCCCGAGGAUGGGACGGCACCCGCAGCUACGGCUUGUCAAGGCCCUUCUCCUUCUGGGGCUGAACCCCGUCUCCGCCUCUCUCCAAGACCAGCACUGCGAGAGCCUGUCCCUGGCCGGCAACAUCUCAGGACUGCAGUGCAACGCAUCCGUGGACCUCAUUGGCACCUGCUGGCCCCGCAGCCCUGCAGGGCAGCUAGUGGUUCGGCCCUGCCCUGCCUUUUUCUACGGUGUCCGCUACAACACCACAAACAAUGGCUACCGGGAGUGCCUGGCCAACGGCAGCUGGGCCGCCCGCGUGAAUUACUCCGAGUGCCAGGAGAUCCUCAAUGAGGAGAAAAAGAGCAAGGUGCACUACCACGUUGCAGUCAUCAUCAACUACCUGGGCCACUGUAUCUCCCUGUUGGCCCUCCUGGUGGCCUUUGUCCUCUUUCUGCGGCUCAGGAGCAUCCGGUGCCUGAGAAACAUUAUCCACUGGAACCUCAUCUCCGCCUUCAUCCUGCGCAACGCCACCUGGUUCGUGGUCCAGCUCACCAUGAGCCCCGAGGUCCAGCAAAGCAACGUGGUCUGGUGCAGGUUGGUGACAGCUGCCUACAACUACUUCCACGUGACCAACUUCUUCUGGAUGUUCGGUGAGGGCUGCUACCUGCACACAGCCGUCGUGCUCACCUACUCCACCGAGCGGCUGCGAAAGUGGGUGUUCAUCUGCAUCGGCUGGGGUGUGCCCUUCCCCAUCAUUGUGGCCUGGGCCAUUGGGAAGCUGUACUACGACAAUGAGAAGUGCUGGUUUGGCAAAAGGCCUGGGGUGUACACCGACUACAUCUACCAGGGCCCCAUGAUCUUGGUCCUGCUGAUCAAUUUCAUCUUCCUUUUCAACAUUGUCCGCAUCCUCAUGACCAAGCUCCGGGCGUCCACCACAUCUGAGACCAUUCAGUACAGGAAGGCUGUGAAGGCCACUCUGGUGCUGCUGCCCCUCCUGGGCAUCACCUACAUGCUGUUCUUCGUCAAUCCCGGGGAGGAUGAGGUAUCCCGUGUCGUCUUCAUCUACUUCAACUCCUUCCUGGAGUCCUUCCAGGGCUUCUUUGUGUCUGUGUUCUACUGUUUCCUCAACAGUGAGGUCCGCUCUGCCAUCCGGAAGAGGUGGCACCGGUGGCAGGACAAGCACUCAAUCCGUGCCCGGGUAGCUCGCGCCAUGUCCAUCCCCACCUCCCCCACCCGAGUCAGCUUUCACAGCAUCAAGCAGUCCACGGCAGUCUGAGCUGGCAGGCUGCGGAGCAGCUCCCCAAGAGCUGCGGCUGGGGGCAUGACAACCAGGCUCCUGGACCGCCCUGUCUGUGGAGGCGACCUGUUAGAUCUCAUGCCCACUACCCCAGGAGCAGCUGGCACUGACGGCCUGGGGGUUCCACUCUCCCCCUGCAGCUGUGCAGCACUCUAGCUCAUGAGUGGAAAGUCAUCUACAGGACUGUGUCGGGCCCAGGGCCUCUGGCUUCCCUGCCCGAUCCUCCCUGGAGAAGGGACAUGGGAAUGAAUGGACAUGCGGCGCUGGACACCCACAGCAGCACGCGUGUCCCUCCAAGGCUGUCUUCUCCCAGAGCACAAGAAGACCAGCCUACAGGGGCCUGGGGCUGCCCUCGGCAUCUGUGGGCAGGCUGUUCGCUGCCCCAGCGCAUCAUGGGCAACUCAUGACAGCCUCUGACUCACCAUGAUGAUGCCUCUGAACCUCGGCAAUGCCUUCCGACACCACUGGGAACCAAGGGCCCUUGCUCAGGAACCCUGGAGAUAGAAGUCAGGUGUCAUCGUCAGACAUGGGGCCACAGCACUAGAGUCACCCUCCAGGCCUCCAGAGCCUCACUGGCACUGUGGCACUGCCACCAGCAAUGCCCUGCCUCACUGCCUUCACCCUGAACAUUUACUACCCUGCAGGCCAGGCCAGCUUCCCCUCACUUAACCCUCACCCCACAACCAUCACCCCCUGCCCCUGGGUUUCCUCUUUUGUGAGUAGAUGGGAGCUGAAAGGGUCAGAGUGGCCUGUGAGCAAGAGCCAGGCAUGUCUGAGCCCCGGCUUCUGGGCCAGAGCUUGUGGCCCCGGAUGGCCUCUGGGGCAGGACCACUAGCUAAGCAAGCGAGGAGAAGGCCCUUGCCUGAGUGGCUCUUGGGACAGCAUGCUGCUUACACUCCAGGUGUGACUGGCCCAGCACCCACUGAGCUGCCCAUGUCCGGAGGGACUGGACAGCCAGAGCAGGGUUCGGGGGGCACUAGAAGAUGAGGGUGUCGGCUGUGAGGUGGGUGGCUGGUAUAAAUAAUAUUUAUCUUUUCAACCAGC